CACCGCGCCGAUCCACCGUAAGCUCCCCGGUGUGGCGGUUUGCUUCAGAUUUCGGGAACUAGACUUUUAGCCUGUAGAGCUCCUCGAGAAAACACCGUCGUUGUGGUUGCGGUGGCGGGUCUCCGAUGGCCGGAGGAAGACGGAGAACGAUUCAUGCCAAAGCCAGUGACGGCUUCAGGAAGAAUAAGAGAAAUACUGGCAGAAGAAGAUCAGACCCGUCGUCAUCUAUUCGAGGAAAUUUGUUUGUCGACGGUGGCUUUUUAUCCGAUUUGCAGUUCCAGUCCUCGCCGCCUAGUUCUGCUCGAGAGGGAAACUCUAGGUCGAAGGGCCAGUCUGGAUCAAAAUCGGUUAAUUUAGAUCGUACAAAAACUGCUUCCGCUAGUGGGAGCAAAAAAUCGAAUGGUAAUGCUAUUGGCUACGAAUACCCUCCUACUCAUCAUCAGGAGGGCUUGCACUCUGAAUCACAGGGUUUGCACAAUGAUGCAGAUUGUAGCUUGGACAACUCACAGCCUUUUAUAUUACUUGAUUCUAAGAACACUCAAAUUGUUGCUUAUGUAGAUGAAAAACCGUCUUUAAAGGUGGAUGAUUUGGAAUUCACUUAUGAUUAUGGUACGAGUUUUGUGUUAGGUGACAGUUCUCAUAGAGGACUAGGGUUUCAUGAUGAUGAUGAUGAACUUGAUAGAAGUCCCAGCACAGAUGAUGGCUCGCCUCCACAAGUGGAAGAACAAGAAGGAUUAUGCAUUGGUUCAUUGUCAUCCGAGAAGGAAAUGGGUACUGACGAGAGGGUUGAGUGUAGGAUAGAGGAUGAUAUGACUAAUGAGGUGCUAGCAGAAACAUCAGCCCCCAACAAAUAUACAGAUGAUGUGUGCUCUGAGAAAAAUUCGGGUUUCUUGUCAAUUGGUGGUAUGAGAUUAUACACCCAAGAUGUAUCUUAUGAAGAAAGUGAUGACGAUGGAGAGGCAUCGGAUGGGAGUUCUAAUUACUCUGAGCAGUUAGAGUCAAGUGAAUCAUCCGAAAGUGAUAGCUCAGAAGAAAUGUCUUGUACUGAUUCAGAUAUUGAUGACGAGGUGGCUGAAGAUUACCUCGAAGGAAUUGGUGGAAGUGAGAAUAUUUUAAGUUCUAAGUGGCUAGUAAAACAAGAGUUGGUAGAGUCUGAUGAUGAUAGUUCUAGCAGUUGCUUUGAUGAUACUUUAGAGAAAUUAGGCGGCAUUGCUUUGCAGGAGGCAUCAAAAGAAUUUGGAAUGAAGAAAACCCCACCAUCAAGGAAGAAAAGCUCCAUUGUAUCGGGAGAUGAUUGGUCAUCAUUGGCUCUGGAUGACUUGCUAGUAAAAGAUAGUAGAACUACAUCAGCUAAAAAGAAGAAGAAUGCUGCCCAGUCUCCAUGUUCUUGGCCUCCAAAAGCUCCAAAAAGUAAAGUAGCUAGAAAGUAUCCUGGUGAAAAGAAGAAAUAUCGUAAAGAAACAAUUGCAGCAAAGCGUCGAGAAAGAAUGAUUAGUCGUGGUGUUGAUCUAGGGCAAAUAAAUCUGAAAUUGGAGCACAUGGUUCUGAAUAGAGAAGAUAUGUUUUCUUUCCAACCUAUGCAUCCUCGUGAUUGUUCCCAGGUACGACGGUUGGCGGCAAUUUACCGCUUGCAUAGUGGAUGCCAAGGUUCUGGUAAAAAAAGGUUUGUUACGGUAACUCGAACACAAUAUACAGGAAUGCCAUCAUCAAGUGAUCAAGUUCGCCUGGUGCAGCUAAUAGGAGCAAGAGACGAGGAUGAUGACUUUUCUGUUGCUAAAGGCUCAAAUAUGAAAUCACAGGGUGGCAACAGAAGCAGAGAAAAGAAGAAUGCCGAAGUGAGCACUUCGCACAUAUUGGAGCUCCAUCAAUCCGGGAGCAUGAAGUCGAGGUCGAAGGGUUCUGCAGGUAAGAGUUCAAGUCAGAAGAAGACUGGCAACAAAAAGUACGCGGAUAAACCUGUCUCAUUUGUAUCAUGUGGAGUGAUGCAACCAGAAACAGUCGAGAUAACAACGAGCGAUGUUACAGAUACAGAUAAAAGAAAGGAUAUGAUCACCACUGCAUUGGAAACGAUCCAGAUAUCAACUAGCGAAGUCAAGAACACAGAUAUUAAUAUAGAUACGAUCGGUGCAUUUGAGGUGCACACCAAGGGUUUUGGGUCAAAAAUGAUGGCAAAAAUGGGAUUUGUAGGAGGAGGAUUGGGGAAAGAUGGUCAAGGUAUGGCCCGCCCCAUUGAAGUGAUCAAACGGCCUAAAUCGCUCGGGUUAGGGGUCGAGUUCUCAGAGGCCUUCAGUUCUGGUGGUAACCAGGAAAGUCGAGGAUCUACUCGUGCCAAAACUGGAGCUUCUGGUAAAGCUAAAAAAAUUGGGGCUUUUGAAGAGCAUACCAAAGGAUUUGGGUCCAAGAUGAUGGCAAAGAUGGGAUUUGUUGAAGGCAUGGGAUUGGGGAAAGAUUCUCAAGGAAUGGUUAACCCUUUGCUUCCUGUUAGGCGGCCUAAAGCGCGAGGGUUAGGGGCCAAAGCUUAGAUUAGAUAUCAUAAUGAUUGUUUCAUCAUAUGCCUAGUGCAUUUAUUUUCAUACACACUGUCAAAGUCUGUAACAAGGUCAAUUUAGUCCUCGAAAGUUCAAAAAAUACUGCCCCUGAACAGCCAUAAACUUUUUAAAAAUAGCUUUUGAAUAAACAUCCGUGACAAUUAACGUGAAAAGUUUGUAUAGGUUAAAUCUAAAGAGGGAGAAAACUGUACCCCAUGCAUAUCCAAACCUAA